AUUCAAUAGUUCACAAUUGUAAUGACAAUUUGAGAGUGUAAUUUUUCGUAUACGGUGGUGUUUCCAAUUUUCACUAUUUCAUACAAAUUAAUUGGAAAUGUCUUAAUAAAAUAAAUUUUUUGACCGAGUCUUUGUUUUGUUGUUAAACAAUAAUUGAUUAGUAAAUAUUUUUUACUAUAUAAAUAUCGCAGUUAUUGAUUGUAAAAUAAUUAGCUACAUUAGUCCUUUAUGUUGGGUAAACCCGAGAGCUAUUUUUUUUAGCAACGUCUUGACAAAUCUUCGGUUUGUGUGAGAAUGUCGUUUGCAUUUAAGAUAGAUAAAGCGUUGAAAGCGAAUUUGUAUAAAAUAUGUCGUCUUUGUGGAAUCGAUAGAGAGGACAAGUACGAUAUAUUGGAUGCUGAUACAGAAGACCAGGAGCCGGUAGAUUGUGACGGCGAAUUGAAACUGCACCAAAAAAUCGUUCAAUGCAUUGGCAUUACAGUUUGCAAGGAUGAUAGAAUGCCUCAAAGUGUUUGUGGACUUUGCGUGGAUAAAAUCAAUGAUUUUUAUGAGUUUCGUGACAUGUGUUAUGCUACAGAUGUUCAGACUAGGAAGUUGCUCGGAUUGAAAGGCGGGGCACAAAAAAAGACCGUUAAUGCGGAUGUUAAACCUAGUAUUGAUAUAAAAGAGGAAGCUGGUGUAAAACGUGGACGUAAGCGCAAAUCGGAUGAGAUAAUUGCAAGAAUAGAAACAACUGAAAUAAAGCGGGAAACCGGCCCAAUAGUGCUGGCAAAUAAAAAGCAACGUUUAAACGAUCCACCGCCUGAUACAAAAAAGAAAGGAAAAUUUGGGAAAACAGUUGAUAAAUGUUUAAAACCCAAAGAGGAAAUAAAAGAAGAACCUAUGGAUAUGGAGAAACCAACGACUACGAAUACCCAUAACACGAAAUUUCGCCAAGUGUGCAAUAUAUGCGAUCAAGGGUUUAUUAGCAAAGUAAAAUUGGAUCAACAUAUAGCGGCAGUACAUAUGCCUAACAUUCCACGAUAUAUUUGCACGGCUUGCAAUGAAACUAUAAAAAAAACUAACGACAUCAAAAGUCAUCAGUUAUGGCAUAAAUUAACUAAAACGCCGUACAUAUGCGGACAUUGUGGCCAAUCGUUGAUCAGUUCCUAUGCGUAUUCAAGACAUUUACGAGACCACACUGUGGAAAUCCCUCCAAAUAUGUGGGUGCUCGAUCGUGAAUGCCCUCAAUGUCAUCACACUUUUUUAACGAACUUUCUUUACAAUACACAUUUAUGUGCAGUACGGACUAAAAAGUGUGCGGGUUGUAAUCGUCAAUUACGUAAUGAGGUUGAGUAUCAGCGACAUGCAGCACACUGUGCAAAAGUUUACUUAAAUUACUCAAAACAUAUACCAGUCGCUGCUCUUGCAGCCGAAUCCACAAUUCGUAUUAAAAAUGAAAACGAAGUAGAGGCCGCUGCUGCCGAAGCUUUCGCUCGCAAUGCUGGCAUAUCGUUGGACAUGACGCCAAUUGUGUCGCUAACUCGUAUUUCGACCCCUGAAAUAAUGGCUGCUAGCCAUGGUUGCACCUCAACAGAAUAUACCAAUGAUAGUACUGGAACACUAACUGACGAUGGAAAAAUGUCAGGAAAAAAAGGCAGUAAAAAAGGAGUCUCUCGUAAAGAUCUUAAAAGGGUAGAUAACUUAUUAAAAUCAACAUUAGAUGUACUGGUGAGCAUUAAGCAUGAGCCAGAGGUGCAUGUAGGAAUUGAUUCCGAAAUCCCGGCACCAUCCGAUGAAACUGCCAAAAGAGCGGAGGAGGCUACCGUGACGAAUGAUGAUGGUUUUCACCAUGGAGAUGAUGAUGAUGACGAGGAUGAUGAUGAUGGUCCCAAAAAUGAUGGUGAAGAUGAAACAACUGGGGGACAUGUUACUGACCUAGCAAUCAAAAGGGAACCAGUCGAGGAUUGUGUUGCCCAAAGCGCUGUGCAUAUUAAGCAAGAAGUGAUUGACGUAGACAAUGAGAAUUUAGCUCCAUUUACAAAAAUGCCAGUAUUAAAAUUGAAAAUCAAAAAAGAACAUGGCACAUUAAAUUCAUCAAUUGUGGAAGAACAAAGUGUCCGAGUAGAAAAGAAAAAAAAGAAAAAAAAACGAAAAGAUGCGAUGCGAAGUAAAGAUAAGUCGGUGAGUAUUUCAAAGUUGGAUGAAAAUGAACUUACGUCUGGGAAUGGGACUGUGCACGAAGAAUCUGAAACGGCUGGUGAUACCCUGCCAAAUCAAAAGUUAUUAAGGGCUGUCAAACAAGAGCGAUUAGACGAAACUGACGAGGAUUAUGAGAGUAAUAAGAUAGAAACUAUUGAAGCGGUACAUCUAGAGCCAACUGUCAUGACAACUAUACCAAUACCGCAAUUCCAAAUAUCUGCAAUUUCGAGUGGUGUUGAGUUCGGCGAUAAUAUCGCGUCCUGUACCCAAGGCAAGGCUAAUGACGAAUCCAGCGAAGCAGCAACAACACAACAUACUACAUGUCUUGAAGGGGAGAAUGAGGAUAUUAAACCGAAUAAAGCUGAAUUAGAUCGGUUAUUUCAAAUUACUAGCGUUAGUUGUGGGGUGCAGAUGGAACAUGAACAUAGAAGUGAAAUCGAGAGAGAAUCAUAUUGUAGUAGUGAAAAUUCAAACUCUAAUAUUCCAGUUACAAGUUUGAUACAAAGAACAAAACCUGAGAAAACCGUACAUAAAGUUGUUAAAUAUAAACGUGGAGAACAAAAGGUUAUGACACUAGCGCGGACGGCGAAGGCAUUCAAGUCUACAUCAGGAGUUAGUAAGAUAAACGCAAACACCAACAGUGGUAUUUCUCAAGCCAAUUUAGGGUACCUUCCCCAAAUUCAUAUUAAACCUGAGCCAGUUGAUCGUGGUUAUGAGGAUAUAUUUAAUGCGUAUGAGUCAGCUACAAACUCUUCUGCGGCAGAGACAUUAAAAUUGUCCGUUAGGGAGAUGGAUGAGCAGGAUUAUUUAAAUAAUAUUGAUUUCGCAACAAUACAAAUCAAACAAGAAAAAGACCUUGAUGUGUCCGACGUCGAAAUGACAAAUACCCAUAUCGUGGCAAAUGCCAUACCCAACGGCAAGCGAUCAAAUGGUGAAGAUUCUCAAUAUUCUGAAAACGACGAGGACUCGGAUAGUAUAGAUAAUGAAGAAACCGAUGAAGAUGAGGAAGACGAUGAUAAUGAUGAGGAUUGGGUAGGUAUUAAAAAAGUAGAAGAAGACAAACGAGAGUAUCGGGAACUCGACAUGCCCCCGCUGUUAUCAACAGAGGUUCAGGAGUCAAAUAAAAAUGUACACAGUUCUGAAGAUACGUUUAUAUGUACGCCUAACGUAACGGAAUCACGAAACGAAGUUACUGAUGAUUUAUUAUCAGUGAGCGAUGCGUUGAAAAGACGAAGCGACGAACGAAAGAAAUCGGAGGGCGUUUUAAAUAGCACUACUUCAGAAAAUGAACCUACCACAAGUAGAUUGCUACUGAAUUCUGAUAUGUCACAACUGAGUAAUGAAUAUUUACUACCAACUCCAUUAAUGAUAACAGACAUUUACAGUCAAGCCGACGUUGGAGUGCCUGAGAGAUUGCCUCAAACAAAUGCUACAGUUACGCCCCAAGAUGAAAUAAGGUAUUCGCAUGAUGUCAAUGAACCUAUCGUUGCAAUGUCAGUGUUAAAAAUUUCAAGUGUCGUUGCUGGGUGUUCGACUAGUUUUGAUGAUCUUUCAAAAGAUGAUAGUCAGUUGAUCGACAGUUUACCACCUCCGUUUGCCGGGCAACUGACGGAGGUAGGUGAUGUGAUUGACGGCAGCCAUAUUAGGAACAAUGAACGUAGUGAUUUAACAAGUGAUGUCAUCUAUACGCAUCCAGAAGCACGUACAAUCUGCAUUAAAGUAAAUCAAAACAAAGAUACUCUUCUUGAUGCGCAGCCAUUUUCUGACGUUCGAGCAGAAACCGUAUCAACAAUGGGCUCGUCACAAAUGAUAUUAAAUUCGAAUAUGAAUAUAGCAUUGCAUCCUGCGCAGAAUAAUUCGGUUGAACUGGUGGGAGAGAACUUGGUUGAAGAAGAGCAGAAUGUUCUUAACCAAGAAGUUGACGAGGCACAAGCCAUCCAUGGAUUGAUACUUGGUGCUGAUCAAUCCAUUGCAUUGAUUGCGUCAAUACAAAAUGAUGAAGAGGCCGAAAAUCUUAUGAACGAAAGCGUAGUCGAGGCGCAGCUGCAGGAGCGACAAGAAUCACAUACUGACGUUCCAACAAGAAGGAACAUACUCUUGCCAUCAGAUGAUCUAGAAUGCUGUGAAAGCACCAAUGGUAAUGUUGAGGGAACAAGUCAAAGCAGAAUGAUCAAUCACACAUUCUUGCUGGAUGAGAGUAACAUUAAUGAAAUUGCCGAAAAUAACAAUAAUGCGAAUAUUGAGCGCGAAUUACAAGAUGACGUUAGCUCAACAACUACUGGGAGCUCGAAUGCAGCUAACUACAGCGAUAAUGGCACCGUUAGACGAAACAGUAUAGAUACCAGCGAUAGGAAAACAACUGAUAUAACAUGAAAAUAGAAAUAAAUGAGAUAUAUACGAUUCUACAUUUUAAACAUCGAGAGUUAGGUACUAUGUGAAAAAAUUACAAAGAGUCCGAAGUUCAAUUAGAUUUAGGCUAUUGAAUUUGAUAUUUAUUAUUAGUUGUGCUUGAAGCGUUUACAACAGCUGGUUUUCGCAAUUAUUCUGUAAUGAAAUGGUGUAAUUAGGUAUGUUUUAGCUUUUAUUUUGUAAUAUAUGUUUAAACAUACAUGUGUAUGUUAACUUUAGCAUAAAGUUUAUUUUUGCGAAGUAUAAAAAAGUAGAUAUUAUUUAAUUCUUGUCAGAGGAUUUAUAUAUAUUUAUUAUAGCUUUCACUCCUUUGUUGGUUAAUAUAGCACUUAAGUUGAAUUAUUAAAUUAGGAAAGAAAAUUAAGCUUAAAUUACGUAAACAUAUUAUUUACAAACACCAUUGUAUGUAAUCAAGAGUUCAAUCUACUCUACCAGAGUAGCAUUUAUUUUCGCAUAUGUAUACACACAAUAUGUAUACAAUAUUUUCUUAGGUGGCAAUUGGUUCUACAGACCCAAAAGAAUAUAUUUUAUUAUUAUGAAUAUUAAAUUUUGUGGAUUGAAGGCAAUACGUGCAUAAAAAUGCCGCGUGUUUCAUUGCACCAUAGACACAUAUAAUAUUUUAAUAAAACGUAUGUUAAUAUAAUAUAUAGCAAUGCCAUAUUGCCAAUUUGUAAAUUAAAUACAUACGUGAAACAGAAAACCAUUAUAAGUACAUUAUUUUUUUGUAAUCAAAAUGUAUCAAAAAUAUUAAUAUUUGCAUAAUAUAGAUUACUAAUAAAUUCGUAAAACAAACAUUAGCAAUGCUAACAGUAUUUGGUUUGAUAUAUGUAAAUAACAAAUAAUUAAUUAUUUAAUCUUCUUUUCUUGUAAACGUCGUGAGUUUCUCUUUGUUGUUGUUAUUGCGGAAGUAAAUAUUAACAAAUACUUUUGUGAAAAUAGCUUCAUCGCGUAUUAUGGCGGGAUCUUAUAAGUGGCUGGCUUUGGCAGAGUUGCGAUUUUUUAAAUUAAAACAUUUGGGGUCAAAAGUUAAAUUUUUAUUUCAUAAUCCCGAUGUUGGGAUUAAAAAUUAGAUUUUCUGUUUUUAAUCUAAGAAGUUUGGGAUUCAAAAUUGAAAAUAUUACUUUUAGAUUUGAAUGAACGCAAUAAAAUGUUAAUUCUAAAACAAAUACUUUUUUAAAUUCUUAACUAUCUGCUUAAGAUUGAUAUUUUUAUUUUUUAUUUUUUAAUACGGAUUACAAGUUUUUUAUUUUUUAAUCCGGGAUUAAUUCAAUUAUUUUCUUAAUGCAUUAUUUGUAACCCUGGUUAGGGGUAGUCAGACAUUUUAAAAAAUAAUUAUUUUUUUUUAGAUUUUUCUUAAAGUCUAAUAUCUUAGAAAUCCGACAAAUACUUUCGCGUUAUUCGAUAGUUACCAAAGUGUUCUCAAAACUAUGACUUUUGAGCCGGUAACCACUCUAGCUCGAAUUUCAAACAAAUUUAUACAGUUUUUUUUUUAAACAUGAUAAACUAAUGUCUGAUCGAAGGAUAUUUGAUUUCGAGUUUAUAAAAACAAUUAUAAAAAAAAAUAUAAGUUAAUGACAAACAAAAUAUUUCAAAUUGUCAUUUUUUAUGUCUCUGACUACACCUAACCCCUUAUGGCAGGAUCCCACAAAUGGCCGGCUUUAUACCCCUCGUCAAAUAAACUGGCAUAACGUUCUGUGAUCUGACCUCUAAUAAUCUAGCCAACAAUCGCAAAUAACUUAGGCUUUCCUAAAGAUGUUUCUUACUAUUUAUAACUUUUAAACCCAGAGUUUGACUUUGGCUAAUGGUAUAUUAUUUUUGUGAAUUCAAAAGACCAGUAGCAUAUCUUUGGUAAGUUUAAUAUUUUUUUAUUUAUUAUAUUUUAACUUGGUUAGACAUACAUAUAACCGUAAUAAAUAUGUUAAUAAUCGUAGAAGUUUCAUUUGAAAUAAUAGUUCAUAAAAACAAUAUUUUAUUAUAAUAUAUUCAAUAAUAUUUUAGUCAGCAAUAUGAAUGAAUGACAGAAAUGACAUAAGUUGACAGUUAUCAAAUAAUAUGCAUACAUAUUAUACAUUAACUUUAUUAAAUAGCCGUAUAGCAACUAAUUCUUUACACUUUAAAGAAAUGACUAAUUUUUUGCAUUAAAUGCGUUUUUGUUAUCAAGUAACUAAGCUUAACUCAUCUUAGAUAACUGUUAAUAUUAGUAUUCAACCGAUUCAGGCGAAAAAUUUCGAAAACGUGAUUUUUUCAACUGCAACUUAUUUUAAUUCUUUCACUUAUUAUUAUACAUCUAGAGUUCAAAGGCAAAUAAAUUUAUAUGUACAUAUAUGUAAAUGUGAGUGUGCAUGUUUGCAUAUAUUCUUUACUAAUUUUUAAUUAACUCUUUUCGUUUUUACUUUGCGUAUUUGAGUGCGGAUAACUUUUGCUUUUGUUCAAUUUUUAUUGCUUUUUUGUAUACAGGGUGCAUCAUUAUAGCUGGUAUAAUCACUUUUCCUAUAUACUUAUUAUUGUAUUAUUAGGUCAGUUUUGUUCUGGUCUGAUAUUGGCCGAUAUAAUAAUAUAAACAUUUAAAACUGUGUGUGUGUUAAAAUUAUAAAAUAAUAGUUUCUUAUUUUUUAAUUGGGUAAAUAGGCAUCUUUGCAAAAGUGAUGUUAGUUAGAAUUUUAAAUAUGAUCAAAUGCGUAAGCUUAUUUAUUUCGAAGCACUUUACAUGAUCAAUACACAUAUAUAGUUGCAAGUGAAGUAAUUAUUGUUCUUGCGGAAAUGAAACUGACCUCCAUGUAAAUAUUAUUUACCUUAAUU